UUAGUAUCCUUUCACAUAUUUGAACUUCUUCCACAACACAUUCCUCUCUCUAUUUCUCUCUAACAUGUCUGAAAAAGAAGAAACCAAGGAUGUUGAUGUUAGUACAAUCAAUCUCAAGAAUGGGGUUAAGAGUCUUGUUGAAACUAUGCCUAAGUUGAACAAGUUGCCAUUUGAAUUCAUUCUACCAUUAGAGGGAAACCCUUUGUCUGUAAACUAUGCCCAGAUUCCGAUAAUCGAUAUAAGUGGUCUAAACGGAGCUUCUCAAACUAGGGAUUCUACCGUCAGAGCAAUCGCCUCUGCUUGUCGUGAUUGGGGAAUUUUUACGAUCACUAAUCAUGGGAUUGAGGAGGCAUUGAUAGAGGAAAUGAUGGAAGUUGCUAAGGAAUUUUUUGGUCUGAAUUUGAGGGAGAAAAUGAAGUAUGCAUCAGAUGAUGUAAUGAGCCCGGUUAGAUAUGGGACAAGUUUGAACACAUCAAAGAAGCAUAAUCUUCAUUGGAGGGACUUUUUCAGACAUUAUGGUCAUCCUUUCCAAGACACCUUUCACCUUUGGCCUCACAAUCCUCCUAAUUACAGUAAUGUUGCAAGGGAAUACUUGGAGCGGGUGUGGGAGAUGGCGAUGAAGAUAUUUGAGGCGAUAUCGGAGGGCUUAGGGCUUGAAAAGGGGUACAUAGAAGAGUGUUUGGGUGAGGGAGUUCAGAUUCUUGCAGCCAACUACUAUCCACCAUGUCCUGAGCCACACAAAACAUUAGGGCUGGCUGCUCACUCUGAUCAUGGUGCACUCACCUUUUUGACACAAAAUGGUGUGGAUGGUUUGCAAAUCAAACAUGAUCAAACAUGGUAUGCAGUCCACCAUGUUCCUGGCUCUUUUCUUGUCAACAUUGGAGAUUAUUUGGAGAUAUUGAGCAACGGGAGGUACAAGAGCGUGGAGCAUCGAGCAACGGUGAAUGCGCAACGAACAAGGAUUUCGAUAGCUGUGGGCCAUGGGCCUCAGUUAUCGAGCUUUAUUGGGCCUGCAAGCCCACUUGUAGCUGACAAUGGUUCGGCCCAAUAUGAGCCCAUUAAGUAUAAAGACUAUAUUAAAAUCCAACAAAGUAGCACAGUUCGUGGGAAGACUGCUUUGCUGGCACUUAAAGCCCAACAAAAUGAAUUGAUAUGAGUCAAAUCAAAAGGGUAGUAUGAUGUUUUAUUUAUAUGUUUUUCGUUUCCUAUUUUAUUUACAUCUACUUCUAAGUCCUAUGGCAGUUAAUAAAGAUGUAUUGAAUCC